AUGGCGAACCGCAGCCACUGGGAGUUGCAAGUGGCCGUAUGUGUGGACGCUCAGCUGGGAUCUAUCCCUGCAGGAAGCAAGCAGAUCAGACUGGUGAAUGGGACAGGUCGCUGUGCCGGGAGAGUGGAGAUUUAUUACAAUGGCAGCUGGGGGACAGUCUGUGAUGAUUUCUGGGACUUACCGGACUCCAGUGUCGUCUGCAAACAACUGGGAUGUGGACAUGCCAUCAAUGCAACUGUCUCUGCUCAUUAUGGGCAAGGAUCUGGGCAGAUCUGGCUGGAUCAUGUGAACUGCUCUGGGAAGGAAUCCAAUCUUUGGGAGUGUCCUUCCAUGGGCUGGGGCCAGCACAACUGCAGACACAAAGAGGACGCAGGAGUUCUCUGCUCAGAGUUCACAGAUCUGAGGCUGGUGAGCGACAGUGACUGUGCUGGGCGGCUGGAGAUUUUCUACAAUGGGACGUGGGGCAGUGUUUGCUCCAAUGGGAUGUCUGGAGUCGCCGCAGCAAUUGUCUGCAAACAGCUGAACUGUGGGGAUGGAGGGCAGAUUGCAAGAGACUUUGCAUAUGGAGCAGGUUCUGGUCCUACAUGGCUGGACAAUGUAAUAUGCAGUAAGCAGCACAGGUCUCUUUGGCAGUGCCCAUCAGACAUGUGGAAACAGCAGUCCUGUGAUAACCGCGCAGAAGAGACCCAUAUUUCCUGCAACCGGGAGAAGUUACGUGUCAUGGGAGGAGAGGACAGAUGCUCGGGGAGAGUGGAGGUUUGGUACCGUGGCUCCUGGGGAACAGUUUGUGAUGACUCCUGGGACAUGGCGGAUGCUAACGUUGUGUGUAAACAACUGGGCUGUGGAUCUGCUGUAUCUGCCCUGGGCAACGCUGCAUUUGGCGAGGGGACUGGUCCCAUCUGGGUGGAGAUGUUGAAUUGCAGAGGGACAGAGUCAUCUCUCUGGGACUGUCCUGCCAAGCCCUGGGGUGAGAGCAACUGUGAUCAUAAGGAAGAUGUUGCAGUGAAUUGCUCAGGUGUGACAGAGAUGACAUCAUCACUGAGUAGAACAGCUCCCCCGCGCCGCCCUCUGACUGACAGUGGGAGAGUCACGGUGCCCAUGGUCGUCUGCAUUAUCCUGGGGGCUCUGCUCUGCCUGGUCUUAAUCAUCCUGGGGGCGCAGGUGCGAAGUGCCAGGGCACAGCGCAGAGGCUCCAGAAGAUCCUUGGACCCUUUCUCUGAGGCCGUGUACGAGGAGAUCGAUUAUAACCUGAUGAGAAAGAAGCAGGAAAUGUUUGAUCGCUCAGAUGAUUCAGUGACGAAGCUGCAGUAUUACACCGGGGAAAGCGAGGGGGAAAAUGAUCCUGGAUCAGAACAAGAGGGAGCUUCCCCAGGGGGGUCUCGGUUGGAUUACGAUAACGUGGAGGAGCCUGCCUUGAACAACGUCCCCCAGACUCCAGACAGUCGAGAGGUCCCUGCCCUGCCUGGAGAUGACCCAGGGGACGGUUAUGAUGAUGCCAGAGAAAUUUCGGACCUUGAAGAUGACCCUGGUUCUGGACCUAGUGCCCAGGAAGUCACUGGGGCCCAUGGGGAAAGCGUCAGGAACAGGGAUUCAGAGACAGGGACCCCGAAGCACCAAUUGCAGGAGAAGAAGGACCUGGCCCUGGAGGAAGCUGCUUUCAGCACCAUCCUGGUGUAUCUCCAGGUUGAAGAAAAGGUGCUGAUGAGCUCAGGCUGGUGA